AGUAUUCAAUACAGAGAAGUAGUACUCGUCGAGUAAGAAGGGGGUUAUAAAGGCUGAUAAAAUUGGCGAAUAUGUUUUUGAUUACAUACUCGUAUAUCAGUUUGUAUAGAUUUUAUACGAACAGAAUUGGCUAGAUCAGAUAUUGCUUUUUAAAAUGAAAUGAAAAUAGAGUAUCGAAUUAUAUAAAUCAUUACAAACUGCUAAGAAUCUGAAAAAAAAAACAGAAAAUAUAGAAAUAAUCUAAAUAUAUCAAUAUCAUGGCGAAGACAUGUGGAGCUGGAGUAUUGAAAUGUCUGAUUCUCGUAAUAAACACCAUUAUGUUCCUCGGAGGCCUGUGCCUUGCUGCAGUAUCUGGAUAUACUGCAUUCAACAAGGAAAGUUUUUUACAUCAGAUGAUAUACGGAGCCAAAAUACAAAAUGCAAUGACGGGAAUCUAUAUUCUGUUCGCAGUCGGAAUCGUGAUGGCUUUAGUUUCAAUUCUCGGAUGUGUUGGAGCUGCAAAUGAAAAUAAAUUGCUCUUAUGGAUAAAUUUCUUCUUUAUUCUUCUCAUAUUCAUUAUGGAACUUGUGGCUACUAUAUUAUGCUUUUACAAGUACAAAGCUGUCGAGAAAGAUGUCUUGUCUACAAUCAAAGAUAGUUCUCGACUACAUGCAAAUGAAACAUCUGCCUUGGCUCUCGUGAGAACAGUUUUGUCGCAUAUUGAAUCGUCUGGAAAAUGUUGUGGACUGCAUGGUCCCAAGGACUACGGGGACAAAAUUCCUCAGUCCUGCUACGCACCCGCACCUGUGACAAGCAGAACUGAAAACAGAAAGUCAUCUUUGGCUGAUUCAGAUAACCCAUCAAAUGACGCACCUGUGGAAUCAGGAGGUGAAUUAGGAAGUAACCCGGUAGCGGCAAACGCACCAUUGUCCAUGUCUGCAUCGCCUUCUUCUACAAGCUCUACUGCUUCUUCAACCUCGACCACUAGUUCCCCUGGAAGCCCAAUUUCUUCCUCCACAACAACUACUCCUACUACAACAACUAUUCCUACAACAACAACUAUUCCUACUACAACAACUAUUCCUACUACAACAACUAUUCCUACUACAACAACUAUUGCUACUACAACACCAACUCCAGCUUCAAGUUCGCGAGCUGCAGAAACUCCAACAACAGAAAUUUCUGAGCCUAUACCGGGUUUGAUCGGCGCAAGUACUACAAGUGCAAGAAAUAACGUGACAGUCCCGUCACCGACGGAAAUCAUUACCAAAUUGAGAAUACUAACAACAGCUGUCGAAGAACUAUCAAACGCCACUGUAUUACAAACUACAGGAAGCAACGGUUUGCAGCCAAUCAAAACCAAUCAACGUCCAUACACCGUGGGAUGUGCGGCAAAAUUGAAGCCAUAUGUAUACGCCGCCGGUGGUAUAGCAAUCGGCAUUUUGGUUCUCGAAUUACUUCUUCUGAUAUGCAUAGGAUGUCUUCUCUGUGAAAUUGGAACUGGAUAUGAAUCUCUGGCCUGAUAGUGACAUUGCAAUGAUGACGAUUCAGUGAAAAGAAUUUCUAUUACACUUUAAAAAUAUUUUGUAAAUAAGGAUUUCAUUUUACCCUUUUGCUUUAGUUAAGUUUC